UGGUAUGAAGUCACAUGAUUAUCAUGUUCUAAUCACACAUGUGAUUCCUAUUGCAAUUCGUGGAAUACUUCCGGACCAUGUCCGACAUACAAUAACAAAGCUUUGCUUGUUCUUCAACAUGAUUCAUUCGAAAGUGAUUGAUCCUGAAGUUUUGGACUCAUGGCAACAUGAUAUUAUCCUCACUCUCUGUGAACUUGAAAUGUACUUUCCACCUUCAUUUUUUGAUGUCAUGGUUCACCUUGUAUCCCAUAUUGUAAGAGAAAUAAAGGCUUGUGGUCCGGUGUUUCUGCGAUACAUGUACCCUUUCGAGAGAUAUAUGUGUGUCUUAAAAGGAUAUGUAAGGAACCGACAUCGACCAGAAGGCAGUAUUGUUAGAGGAUAUGCUGCAGAGGAAGUGAUUGAGUUUUGUACAAACUAUCUCAAAGGAGUCAACACUAUUGGAAUACCGCAAUCACAUCAUGAAGGUAGACUUCAAGGAGUUGGUAUAAUUGGAUCGAAAGUGGUAAUUCCUGAUCGAGACGAAUUCCACAUGGCACACUUUACAGUCCUGCAACACAUGACAUCUGUUGCUCCUUAUGCAAAGGAACACAUGGAAAUGUUACGAUCAAGAAAUAGUAGGAGGACCGAAAAAUGGUUAGCUAACGAGCAUAUUAAAAAAUUUCCACAAUGGUUGAAAGAUAAGGUGAAAGUAAGCUUAAGGACAAAAGAUGUUGAUAGAUUAGUGCAGGUGUUGGGGUAUGGUCCGCAAAAUGCUGUGUCAACAUAUCAAAGCUAUGACAUUAAUGGGUAUACAUUUUAUACCCAAAACCAGGAUAGAAAGAGCACACUACAAAAUAGUGGAGUGACGCUAAUAGCCAUGUCGACCGAAUACUCUAGUGCAAAUCAUGAGGGAAGGUCACGUAUAGCCAAAGACUCGUAUUAUGGUGUCAUUCAAGAAAUUUGGGAAUUGAACUAUGAUUCCUCGGUUGUAGUACCCGUGUUCAAGUGUAAGUGGGUUGACAAUAGAAGAGGUGUUAAAGUUGAUGAAGACGGUUUCACACUUGUCAAUCUUUCUACAAACGGUUAUGUAUCUGAACCAUUUAUUCUAGCUAAGCAAGCUAACCAAGUAUUCUUUGUUGAGGACCCAAUGGACACGAGAUGGCACAUUGUUCUUCAUGGUAAACGACGUAUACUCGGAGUUGAAAAUGUCGUGGACGAGGAAGAAUAUAACCAGUUUGACGACCUACCUCCAUUUUCUAUUGGUAUUCCAUCUAUGAAUGUCGAUAUUAAUGACGCUGCUUACUUAAGAUUGGACCAUAACGAAGGAUCAUAUGUUGAAGAAAGCAACACAGACGGACACGACACUGAAGGACAAUAACAAUGAUAGUUGUAGUUAAGAACAAUUCUAUGUUCUUAACUACACAUUGAUGUGUUUGGCUAUAUGGAACAUAUGGAAACAGGUUACUUUCUGUUUGGCUAUAUGAAUCAUUGAUGUGUUUACAACUUUAGAUAGUAGUAAGGGUAUUUUUGUAAUUUUACAGGCAGAAGCAACUGUUAUCCAUCAAUGUACACAGCUGCUAUCACCACCAGAUGAUCCAACUUAUGUCAUGACUUACAUAAGUUUAUCUUCAUUUUAUUAUUGAUCGUACUGAAUUACAAACUGUUUUGUUGAUAGAAUACACGUUAAAAAAAACCAUUAUGCUCAUGUAUAUAAAUACAGAAAGAAUGAAAAAAAUGUCCAAGUUUGGAAAUUCUA